AUGGCGAUCGGACCUCAGCUUCCCUGCGACGGAGACGAUGUAUGCAUGCGAUGCAAAACAAAACCACCAACGGAAGAAUGUCUCACGUGCGCCACGUGCGUCACGCCAUGGCACGUGGACUGUCUCUCGUCUCCACCACAAUCCCUCGCUUCCACUACACAGUGGACUUGUCCGGAUUGUUCCGGGGAUUCCGAUCUCGUUCCGGUUACCGGUAACCCCGGAAUUGGAUCUGAUGAGUCUGGGAUUGUUGCAGCGAUCCGUGCGAUUGAAGCUGAUGUGACUCUGACUGAGUCACAGAAAGCUAAGAAGAGGCAACAGUUGAUGAGUGGUAAAGCUGAUGUGGAGGUUGAGGAGGAGAAGAAGAAUGGUGUUGUGGCUUCGCUUGAUGAGAAUUUCAUUUGUUCUAUCUGCAAGGGUAUGCUUAAGAGACCUGUCUCGACGCCGUGCGGGCACAACUUCUGUUUGGAAUGUUUCAACGAAUGGGUGGUUAAAAAGAAGAAAUAUAACUGUCCGAGUUGCCGCACCAAAUUUACUAAAACAUUUGCAGAGAAUAUCAAAAUCAACCUUACUCUUGUUUCUGCUAUUCGUUUGUCGAAUGUUCCUGAAACUGCUGCUGUGGCUGCCCCGAAGCAUUAUCAUUUCAUAAGCAUAAAAAAUGACCACCUUCCCGACAAAGCAUAUAGGACUGCUCGUGCCAAGAAAACUGGGAUUGCUAAUGCUGCUAGUGGCAAGCGAUUUGUGACAACACCGCGUGAUCACUUUGGUCCCAUACCAGCUGAAAAUGAUCCCAAAAAUAAUCGGGGUGUUCUGGUUGGAGACUCUUGGAGCGACAGACAAGCUUGUAAGCAGUGGGGGGCUCAUAACCCACAUAUUUCUGGCAUUGCUGGGCAAUCAAAGCAUGGAGCUCAGUCGGUGGCAGUCGCUGGAGGUUAUAAGGAUGAUGUGGAUCAUGGAGAGUAUAUUCUCUACACGGGAAGUGGAGGCCGAGACCUUAGCCGCAAUAGAAGAACCAACGACAAGCAGUCUUCUGACCAGACCUUUGCAAAGGCUAAUGAAGCUCUUAGGUUGAGUUGCCAAAUGGGCUAUCCUGUCCGCGUUGUCAGGUCUGACAAGGAGAAGACUGCAUACGCCCCUAAGAAAGGGGUUAGGUACGAUGGGGUUUACAGGGUUGAAAAGUGCUGGCGAACAGUUGGAGAACAGGGUACUUUCAAGGUCUGUCGUUACCUGUUGGUUAGGUGUGACAAUGAGCCAGCUCCAUGGACCAGUGAUGAGCAUGGCGAUCGUCCAAGACCUUUGCCUGAUAUUCCAGAGCUUGAGAAGGCCAUUGACCUGUAUGAGAGAAAAGAAAGUCCAUCAUGGGAUUUUGAUGAAGCUGAUGGUCGUUGGAAGUGGGUGAAGGCUCCACCUGCUAGCAAACUUGCUAUGAAUCCCGAGGGGAGGAAGAACAUGAGAAAAUCCAAGGGAGCUGAUAACAGUACUAUCAGGGACAAACUUCUGAAAGGAUUUAACUGCACAAUCUGUAAGAAUGUGAUGAGUCUUCCGGUGACCACUCCUUGCGCGCACAAUUUCUGUAAGGCGUGCCUAGAAUCUACAUUUGCUGGGGUAACUCAGAUUAGAGAAAGAAGCCGCGGUGGACGUACUCUGCGUUCACAAAAGAACAUCAUGAAGUGCCCUUCUUGCACAACUGACAUCUGCGACUUUCUCCAGAACCCACAGGUCGAUAACAAAAUCUCUUCUUCUUGCAUUGUUUAUGGUGAACAGAGAACUGAUGGAAGUGAUCGAGAAGCUGAAGAAGAAAGACGAGGAGACUGUAGUACCAAUGGAAGAAAACUAUGA